AUGCUCAAUGCUUUACGUGGGAUAGUUCGGGGCAAACCCAAGGAUCAUGUGAUCAACAGGUAUACCAAGGAUUUGGCAGCUAUAACCACUACAAUACAUGACCUUCAGAGAGGGCUAACACGCAACGAUGAUUUAUUAAAGUUAUGGCAGAGGGGACUUAUCUUUUAUGGUUCUACCAUCAUAGUGAUCGGACUAGGGAUCGUCUAUGCCAAGUUUUUUGAUAUAAAAGCGGUGGUGAUUUCUUUGGUUUUGUCUUUAUUUGUCAUGUUGGUAUUAAAACGGGCAUUGACACAGUUAUUUCAAUACCAACGUAGCCGCAUCAUUAACAAACUGAAUAAAGCUAGGGUGUUACACCAAGAAAAACUAGAGGAGUUAAAGAAGGAGACCAAUUUCUACUCUACAAAUUCUUUGAUUCAAAGAUUUUCUUCUGGACAGAAUCAGGCGGAGGAUGCGUUGACUUUAAUGGAUGAAGAGGUUAAGUCAAAGUACGAAGAAUUGCGUGGAUUACAGAAGGAACUAAAGAAGCUGAAGACCCAGGUUAAGGGUAAGUCUGCGAAAGAAACAAAGGAACAAACAGAUAAAUGGUUUGAUAAGGUACUUGGGGUGUUAGCCGGUGAUGAUAUAUCUACAGAAAACAGGGUUGUUCCACUCAUUUGUAAAAAGUGCGAACAGCAUACGGGAUGCUACAUAUUACAAAAUACUUCAUGGAAGUACGUUUGUCCAAAUUGUGGCUGGCUUUCUGAAAAGGUCGAGGAUGAACCACCAGCUACUGAGAGCCAAAAGGCACCAAAAGAUCAGAAACCCAAAAAGGAACCCCUAGCAGAUAAAGGUGCAAAAGACCAUGUUUCCUCCAAAAAAGGAUAA